AUGACGAUUCACCAUAUAGUCUUAUACAGGUUCAAGCCUGAGGCAACCCCUGAACAACGACAGAGCGUGAAAGACUCUGCCUGUGCCCUUGCAUCUCAGAUACCUGCAAUCCAGAGCAUGGUUGCUGGAGAAACAGUGUACAAUCCCCUUGGACAUGGUUACGAUACUGGGGUUAUUUUUCUAUUCGAGAGCGCGGUCAAAUUGGACGAGUAUCGCCCGCACAAGGCGCAUAUUGAUUACCAGGCGCUCACAGCACCUUAUAUCGAAGACAGCAAAGUCCUGUACAAGUUCAAGUCGGAGGCAACCCCCGAGCAAAGAGAGUAUGUGAAGGAACUUAUCAAAGAGCUUCCGUCAAGAAUAUCCGCGCUUCAGAGCAUUAUCACCGGAGAGAAGGUCCUCCACCCCCUCGACCACGGCUAUGACAUGGGGGCCAUUUUUUUAUUCGAGAACAAAGAGAAACUGGAUGAAUUCCGCCCGCAUCAGGCACAUACUGAUUACCGGGCCCUCUCCAGUCCGUACCUUGAAGCGGGAAAACUCCCAGACAAGAUGGUCUUCGACAUGGAAACAGCUUAA